AUGUAUCUACUAGAUGGAAUUCAAUAUAUAAUAUGAUUCAAAAAGCUUUAAUUUUAAGAAAUGCUUUAAAUCUAGUUAUAUUAUUUAAUCAUGAACUUAAUAAAGAUAUACUUACAGAUGAAGAUUGGAAUAAUUUAAAACAAAUAGCAAAGUUUUUUAAAUUAUUUAAAGAAGUAAUAAUUAUAAUGUAUGAAUUUACUUAUCCUACAAUUUUUACUGUAAUUCCUUUAUAUAAUCUUCUUAUUGAUCAUAUAGAUGAUAAUAUUGAUAAUAUAAAUACAUUACCUUUAAUUAAAUUAGCUACUGAAAAAU